UCCUCCCACAGCCUCCUUGGGGACUCAUCCGCCAUCCUGAGCAGUACCAUGUGGCCCCUAUGGUUCUGCUGGGCACUCUGGGUGCUGCCACUGGUGGGCCCUGGGGAGGCCCUGACGGAGGAGCAGGUUCUGGACAGCCUGCUACAGCAGCUGCAACUCAGCCAGGCACCCAUCCUGGACAGGGCCGAUGUCGAGGGACUGGCCAUGCCUCCUGAUGUGCAGGACCAGUAUGUAUCCCUGCUGCAGCGCAGCCAUGGGGACCGCUCCCGUGGGAAGAGGUUCAGCCAGAGCUUCCGAGAGGUGGCCGGCAAGUUCCUGGUGUCCGAGGCUUCGACGCACCUGCUGGUGUUUGGCAUGGAGGGACGACUGCCACCCAACAGCGAACUGGUGCAGGCUGUGCUGCGGCUCUUCCAGGAGCCUGUCCCCAAGGCUGCGCUCCGCAAGCAAGAGAGGCCGUCCUCGCGCAGUAACCGGGUUCGGGUCACCAUUGAGUGGCUGCGUGUCCGCGACGAUGGCUCUAACCGCACCUCCCUCAUAGACUCCAGGCUGGUGUCCAUCAAUAAGAGCGGCUGGAAGGUCUUCGACGUGACCGAGGCCGUGAACUUCUGGCAGCAGCUGAGACGGCCUCGGCAGCCUCUGCUGCUGCAGGUGUCGGUGCAGAGGGAGCAUCUGGGUCCAGGGGCCUCGAACGCCCACAAACUGGUCCGCUUCACCGCGCAGGGGGCAGUGGGCGCUGAGCAGACCGAGCCCCAGCUGGAGUUGCACACGCUGGACCUCAAGGACUACGGAGCUCAAGGCAAUUGUGACCCCGAAGCACCAGUGACCCAGGGCACCCGCUGCUGCCGCCAGCAGACAUACUUGGACCUCCAGGGGAUGAAGUGGGCUGAGAACUGGGUCCUGGAGCCCCCUGGCGUCUUGACCUAUGAGUGUGUGGGCAGCUGCCUGCAGCUCCCAGAGCCCCUGACCAUCAAGUGGCCAUUUCUUGGACCAAGACAGUGCAUCGCUUCAGAGACAUCCUCACUGCCCAUGAUUGUGAACAUCAAGGAAGGAGACAGGACCAGGCCCCAGGUGGUCAGCCUGCCCAACAUGCGGGUGCAGAAGUGCAGCUGUGCCUCAGAUGGAGCCCCUGCACCAAGGGGGCUCCAGCCCUAGGCACCCUGUAUAGCCACUGAGGCCUCUGACCAGACGUGUAUAGAAGCAGGUCUUAAUGUAGGUCUUAAUUUUACAGUGAGCAAUUUGCCCUGUUCCAGUUUAGUGCCUCCAUAUUACUUUUGCCCUGGGUUCUUCCAGUUCCUGUCCUUCUUGUCCAUCACCCAUCCUAAGCACUUACUGAGUAAAUAAUGCAGUUUCAGAUGCUGAGUUCCAGUAGGAGACCCUGGCCUACUUAGCUGAGCAUAUGACAGAGCAAUGAACAGAUUGUCAGCUCAGAGUUUCUAUUCUCUGGCAAAUUCUCAACUGAGUAGGGAAUAAACCCUAUCAUGAAGGCUGGGGAAAUAGAACUGAUUUACUCUAUUAUCUGAUGAAUUAAAACAAUAAACAAUAAAAAAAAAAAAACUCUGCUUCCCUUACACAAGGAGGAUAUCUGAAAAACAGACCUGUCUCCCCCAAAUACUGACUGAGACUUUUGUAAAAGUACCUAGAACCCUGUUUCCCUGAGAGGGUGGUUGAGGAGGGAGGAUGAAGGGUUUCAGGCAGGGGGUUGGAGAUAGGGAAUCAGGACACCUGGUUUCUGAAUCUGAUGGGGCUAAAAGCCAGGACUUCCAGCAAAUGCAGACUUUGGAUUCCUGUGUCCUCUUAAAAAGGAGGAGUGUGCUUCUGCUCCCAGACUUCACUGCCCCAGGGAUCUGACAGUCCCUCACACUAUCUUCUACUCCACAGACAUUGCCUGUGUGUAUUUAGGUGAUCCUCCACUGUUUUAGAGAACUUAUCACCAGAGACCACAUGUAUUUACAUGUUGCUGUUUUUUAUAUUUAGCAAAACCAAUUACAUGUAGAUAAUAUGAAGAAAUAAAAUAAAAGUGAUAUUUCA